AUGGAAAAUAAUAAUAAUAAUAAUAAUAAUAAUAAUUUAAAUAAUAUAAGUAUAGAAAUAUUUUCACCGCAAAAAAGGUUACCAUUAAAACAUACAAUAUCACAGACAACUAAAAAUGAUAAUAAAAUAAAAAAAGAGAGUAAUUUAAAGAGUGAACAAAAUGAUAAAGAUAUGUUAAAUGUUGAUGAAAUAAAACAAGAAGAUGGAGUAGAUGGUGAUGAUGAUGAUGAAAUGGAUAAUGAAUUAUUUCAAAGUAAAAAAUUAGUAAUUACAGGUCAAACAAUAUCAAGAGAAGGUGAAUAUUUAAAAGGACAUGGCACAUUUAACGAUGGCAGUGGUAGUUUAGUAGCAUCAGUUUGUGGUACAUUAGAUAAAGUCGACAGAUUGGUGUCUGUAAAAGCAUUGAAAUCGCGUUACCACGGCGAAGUGGGCGACAUCAUCGUAGGUAGAAUCACAGAGAUCACAUCAAAGCGUUGGAAAGUCGACGUAAACUCACGUUUGGAUUACAUUCUAAUGUUGUCAGCCAUCAAUUUGCCAGGCGGCAUUCAAAGACGUCGUACAUCAGCCGACGAGCUACAAAUGAGAUCCUUCUUUGUUGAGAAUGAUUUAGUUUAUGCAGAGGUUCAAAUGGUGAUGGGCGAUGGUUCGGUGGCAAUUCACACUCGUAAUCAAAAGUAUGGUAAAUUGCAAAAUGGCCAUUUCACAAAGGUCAUCCCAUCAUUGAUUAAACGUUCCAAACAACAUUUCUAUAAUUUAGAAUGUGGUGUAGAUGUAAUUUUAGGUGUCAAUGGCUAUAUUUGGAUUGCAGAUUCUGAGCAACAAAAAAAUCAACAACAGUUCAUUCAAAAACAUGAAAAAGAACCAACUUUCGAUCCAAGUAUCCCUUUGAUAAUACCCGAUGAAAUUAAACAAGUCUCAAAGGAAUCAAGAGAUCGUAUUGCUCGUGUAAAAAAUUCAAUCUCUCUCUUGGAGAAAGGUUUCCUCUUAAUUCAUCAAAAAUCAAUUAUGAACGUUUAUAAAUUAUCUUUAAAAAUGAAAUUACAAUCAAAAGAUUUAUUACACCCACAAUAUAUUAAACAAAUUUUAACUGUUUUAUCGACAACUGAUUAUGAUAAUGAUGAUAAUAAUGAAAAUGAUCAAUAA